AUGUGGAGUCAAUGGAGUCAAAACUUGCUGAUCGAUCUCAGAAAACCAGGAAGCCGAUCAUUUAACAACAUUGGAUUCAGAUCAACUCCGGCGUCUCCCGCUCACCGGAACCAGAGCGUAGCCACCAAGGCGGCUGCUCAACGUUUGGCAAAAGUCAUGGCCUUACAGCACAAAGAAAAUCAUGACUAUGAUGAUAAUGACGAUGCUGAUGAAGAUGAUCAUGAAUUUAAAUUCGCUGCUCCUUCUACCAUCAUCAACGGUAUCAGUAACGUACCGGUGGUUCCCUUCGCUGGUCGCAAUAGAUCGCCGUCACAUGCGAUAAGCAGAAACGUCAAGGAGAAAAAUAGUUCAGUGCGUUCUUCGUCGACGGGGAGGCCAUCAACGUUUGGUAGAUCAAUAGCUCCGACUUCAUCUCCUCUUUGGAUGCCACAUAAGGCUUCGUUGAGACCUCAACUUGAUCCUCCGUUUAAGGAUAGAGAUAACAGACGCUAUGGUGAAGUGCCAAUAGUGACUUAG